AUGUCCUCGGAUGACAUACUGCCGGAUUCUUCGACAGGAGAUGUAAUAGGAGAAACAGACGAUGGAUACCUCAUUCAACCACGUGCUGGCCACAUGACUGCAAUUAGGGGUGCUGAAGAGUGUGAUAUGGAAGAUAGCAUUCUGACGGAUGAUGAGGAUACCAAAAGUAUUCUCACUGAAGCCAGCCACUUGCUUGGCCACAAAGAGACACCGGAAGACUUGCAUUUACGCUUCGCUAAGAUUUUAGGAAGUGCAGCUGUAUCGUCUCUUGGAAGUCAGGCUACAGUCAGUGUUCCCAAGGACUUUUCCAUGCGCUAUCCAGACGACAAUCCGCAUGGCUCUUAUGCGGUACAACUUGCCACCUAUCAACAACUGCUGAAAAAUCGACAGCUAAACAGACGGAGAGAGGACUCUAAUGCUUCAGCUGCCAAAGGGUCUAGGCGCAGGGGUAAGGCAGUGAGACCUGGCUUUGACCCUGUCCAACUUAUCAAGAAAAGUGCCCUGCAUUUUACGAAACAGGCAAAAUCAAAACUCUCGACCCUUCAAAACCCUAUACAUCCGAUAUUCCGCGCGGAAAACUUUCACGCUACGUCAGAUGUCCUGUACGAGCAGUUCAAGCCCGCACUACGCUUAGCCUCACUACUGUUGACUGAUAGAGCAUGUUCGCAAUAUUUUCAUACUCUAUGGUUUGGGCGGCGGUUGUUCUGCGAAGCAACCUCACGAGCGCAGCAGACAGAGUCGUUCCGCAUCAAAGAGGACGUACCAUACACCUCCGAGAACGCUCGCAUCUUUCAUCGGGUCCUCGCACAGCAUUCGGACCAUGUACAUUUCUACUUCAAUAACAAUCCGCUCAGCGAUAGAUCCGCCCAGGCAUCCAUGACAUUCAUCAAAGACACCAAAAAUCUCCUUCCUCUCCACCACUCUCACAGUUAUGAGACUUUUACCAGAGGCAAAAUAUGUUUGCAUGGCGACUUCUAUACUGUUGCUAAACGGAACUCUGCUCUUUCCCAUCCGGAUCCUGCCGCAGUGCUUCGAUAUCAUUUUUGGCUCGCUCUAUCUUUGUGUCACGAAGUGGCACACUUCCUGGAAUGGGUUCGUCGGUCUUCGAUGCCGAGUCACAAGAAGGAAGUGUAUUACUACGAGGACGAGUUUAAUGAGGCUGGUGAGGCGUGGGAAAAAAAGCUUUUCGGCGGUCGUAUAGAGCCCAUUAAUAGCCGUGCAGACUGUGCUUUUGGGCUUGCCACGGUGGACUGGCCAAUGGUGCACAUUGACAACGUCGAGGAUACAGACGCGAACACUUUCUGGGCACUGCCCAUGGAGUUCAUCGCCGAGAUUCAACAGCAGAAGUUCUGGGAUUUAUUAGCUGCGAAAGAGAGGCCUGAAAGCGAUGCAACAAUCUUUCACAUUCCCAGAAUAGGCACGCGCAGUCAGCAUCUCUCAAGCGUCAAUAUGAAGGUAUGGGACGAUGAGGCUGCGCCUGACCUGAUAUCGGACGACUUUGACAACGUCGAUACGAUACUCAAACGAACCGCCAACGGGCGCAUUGUCAAGAGACCACGAGAGAAGAAGCGACUUGGGCUGAUGUCGAAGAAACUUACAAAGAGCAGGAAGGAUGCGAAGACACGCCCAAGUGACAACAUCCCCAAUCCGGGGCCGUACAAGCUUAGAAAACCCAGUCAGCGCGGGAAGGUCAAGCUGAAGGAGGCUGCCGCGGUAGCAGCAAGACCGCCGCAGAAGAGAGCAGAUGACAUGUCUGAAUGA